AUGAUAUCUGCUCACGAACUCAAGGUGGAAAUCAAUGCCCCGCUUGCCCGUGCAUACGAUGUACCCAAUCUAAAAGUCGAUGGCACGCGAAUUAGUGCUUCGGCACGUUUGGCCAUGGCAGGCCUAAAUUUUACGAUAUACGCGAGUAACUACCACUUUGUCCACUAUAUGAUAAAAAACAUGCUGCCCGGAAGUUACCAUCGUGUAACUGGCGUCUUUUCUGCAUCCGCCUACAUCUCCCAGACCUCCACCAGGGCGAUGUUAAGCAUCCGUGUUAGCCCACCCUCCUUGCGCCCAUUACGGUGGAUCGUAGCACCACCCCCGCCGACGCCAUCCAAGUGGCGGAUUCGACCACCACCACCACCAACAACAACAACAACAGCAGCAGCACCACCACCACCAAAAAUCGCCUUUGCCGAAAAGCUCCUCUCCCUCUACGACCGUCUCCUCCAACAGGCGAUGAUCACUGGACCUGGUGCCGUUUCCCCUCCCGUCUCCAUCCAAGACGCAACCUUGGAAACUAGAAGUAGCUUGCGCCCCGGUACGAAAAAGACCACCGUCAAGGAAGUUGUCUUGGGCACGUACCCUGCAGUCAACAUGACGACCAAUAUCGAUGACUCGCCUCUCGUUGUGCCUCUCCCGCCACCUCCUCCAUCCCCCAAACAACAACAACAACAACAACACCAUGCACAAGAGCCAAUGCUCGACUAG